GCGGGCGGGGAUCCUUUUGUUUCGUUAUUUAUUUUAAAUGUGAUUUUCGGCUACUGACUGGUCCACCAGACAGCAAACGCGCUAUCAAACUGCAAAGAGAUGGGGCAAAUAUCGGUUCUUCAGAGACUGGCAAUCUUGGAUGCGGAGCUGUCCGCGCGAUUAUACUGCCCAAAUGAGGGCUUUGUGAGGAUGAUACUUCAGUUGCUUGAGCACAGCGGCCAUGGGUUGCUUUGGAUACCGUUAUCGCUAGCGGUAUGGUUAACACCGUUAGCAGAUUUUCCACCCGGGGUUCAAACCCUCUUCCUGAAUUUCUUCGUUGGCUUCAUUGUUGAUAUUGCAAUCGUCGGGGCCAUCAAGUGGAUGGUGGCCAGGCCUCGACCUUCCUAUAAUUCUGGAAUGACUCUUGUCGUUUCCGUGGAUAAGUAUUCGUUCCCCAGCGGGCAUGCUUCUCGUGCUAUCCUGAUUGCUGUUCUCUGCUCUGCAUGCGGAAUGAAGGGAGUGGAGGUCGGUCCAGAUGUCAAGUCGUUGGGAUGUGCCGUCAGCAUCAGGCGACACGUUGCACAAUUAGGGAUUGCCACGUGGCAUCUCGUUUUUGUUUGGAUCUGGGCGUGCUCAACGGCAAUGUCGAGGGUGUUCCUGGGUCGGCACUACCCUGUUGACGUCAUCGUUGGAUGUUUUGUUGGGGCUUUUGAGGCCUAUAUUCUUUUGCACCAUUUGUGGGUGCCUGAUAGGGUAGCGGAGGGGUUGCGUAUCUGGCUGUUGACUAGGGUUUGCGGUCUUCCAAAAUAAGGGGUCGUCGAAAAUAAGGAAAAUAAGGGGUCGUCGAAAAUAAGGGGUGUUCGAAAAUAAGGGGCCUUCCAAAAUAAGGGGUGUAGAAGUGUUUAUGUGUGUACAUGUCAAUCAAGGGUGUUCCUGGGUCGGCACUACCCUGUUGACGUCAUCGUUGGAUGUUUUGUUGGGGCUUUUGAGGCCUACAUUCUUUUGCACCAUUUGUGGGUGCCUGAUAGGGUAGCUGAGGGGUUACGUAUCUGGCUGUUGACUAGGGUUUGGGGUCUUCCAAAAUGAGGGGUUUAAAAGUGUUUAUUUAUGUGUUGUACAUGUCGGGAAAAAAAAAGAAGAAAAAAAAGCCAAGAGUCGAUGUUGAUGGUAGGCGAUAUGGCCUACCUACAUGGGUGGAAUGCAAUUGAGUUUC